GCCUGUACAUGCCAUGGAGUUGAUGCAGAUGAAACCUGUCUAGAUUGUUUAAGGUCAAAAGCCAACAUCGGAAGGUGAGAUACCUGAUAAAAUUUAUUGGUAUCAUACAGACAAGUUUCAUGUGUGGCAAAUCUAAUCCAACCAACUCUCUUUACUUUCUCUCUAUACAGGUGUUCAGGCCUUCAAGAUGACCUUAAUUUCCUAUUAGAGGAAGAAUUAAGCAGCAUUAACCUUUGUUCUCUGCAUUGUGAGAUGAGAAAUUGUGAACAGCUUUUGGGUUCAUCGGGGUUGUUUGCCUAUCGCAUUGGAAGCCUUGAUAAAUUAAAUGAGGUUUUGAACAAUUAUGGUCCUGAAAAUUGCCGUGGGUUUCCACGAGUAACUAUCCAGGAACAAAAAGGCCAGCAAACAGAAAUAAUGAGACAAAACAUUCAAGUAGCAUCUUUUUCAGGUAUGCCAUUUGUUUGUUUUCGAUAUAAUUUAUUGUGCCAUAUUUGUUUAUCAUUCACCUUAGGCCAGUUAUUAUUUUUUUAUUAGCAUCCCCAAUGCUAUUUAUUAGGAAUUAGCUAAUUCAGUACAUAUGAAACAUACGGAAGAGCUGUAUUAAUUCUCAGUAACAGCAUGAAACUCAUUUGAACAACCAGUUUGUUUUAGAGACAAGGUAUAUUCUUUUCUGGUAAUUUCCAUUUACCUGACAUGUAGUUACCUGAUGUAGUUUUGCGACUGUUUAUGCUAACCACACUGCUAGUGUGUGUCAUAACAUUUACAUUCCUCCAAACUCACAGAUGAAUAUUCUACAAAUUAUUAUUCUUCAGGGUCUACUGAAAGAACAGUUCUACAGAAUUUUGAAGACAUAGUAGAAAGAUCACUGCCCCUGGAGAAAGUGACCCAGUAUUAUAUGGAAAAUCCUGGAGCUGCAAGAAAUGUUAUUCUUAGCUAUGUUGCUUUCUUUGAAGAGCACAUAAUGGUAUGCAUUUCACCUUUUGAACCCCAGCCUCAGCAUUUAUCGUAUAUUGGAAUAUGAUUGUUUGAUUGAAUCCAGGGAGAAUCUGUCAAAAUUAAAUAUGCCUUGAAAAUAAGAUAAAGCUUAGUUUCAAAAACCUUGUCAUAAAGAAUUCCUAGCUAUGAUAAUUGUUAAAUUUUUGCUAAUUGAGAAAUGCAACACUUUGAUUUACAGUUUGUGAGUGACCUGUUUGACAGGGGAACUUACAUACGUGAUUAUGGCUCUAAAAAGGAAACAGUUUACCUUGAUGAGACAAAAGGUAAAGGCUGCUGAGGUCAAUAUGCCUAAUAACUUAAUUUUGGUACAUCACAUUUACUGCAGAUAGCUAUUAAUGAUUACACUGUCAUACAGUGAACUACAAUUUUUAUCCAAUUUUUUCUCUAAAAUUGGGCUGUGACACAUGGAGGUCCUGUGAAUCUAAGUAUACAAUUUCCAUCCACUUAAGUGAACUGUUUUGUUUUUAUUGUUUCUUCUUUGUUGUUUGUCCUGCAUUGGUGUUCGUAGUGGUGUUCACAUGAAAUAAUUUUUCAAAUUAAGUAAAUCUUGUGUCCAUUCUCCAACAGAGCUUAAAGACUUUUUGCCUAAACUUGAAGAGUGGUGGAAAAAAAAACAAAAUGAGGUGGAAACAGCAUUCCUUAAGCUAGAGGAAAUGUCAAAUGCUGAAGAGCCAGGCAAGAAAAAACAAAAAAGAGGGAGAAAAUUCAGCCAGGGUUUCAACUGUCCUCUUAAGUUCUUUUGCCAAAUAUGCAGCUGAACUUCAAAUUGAGAUGUUUUCAAGGGUAAGUUGAGAAAAUUGUCUAUGUUUAAAAUACCACAUCAGUAAAUGUUAUUUAAAGGUUUGCCUGAUGCAGUAAGUCACUUUGCAGGUAAUUUAUAUCAAUUAAUCAGGGCUGAAUUGAAGACUGAUGAUUGCCUUAAACCAUUUAUACUAGGUUUGCUGUGAUUGGAGAGAAAUUGCUCUCACAAUGCAUGAGAGAGUCUUUGAAGACCAUGAAGAACAACAGAUUGACAUUUAUGAUGUGAACGUGAUUUUUUUUUCUCGCAUUAAGACUCACUGCCUUUUCAAUGUUUCAAAUAUGGAUUUAAGAACUUAAAUUGUCUGAAAUGAGGAUACCCAGAAAUAAUUUAAAUUUACUUUUAUACAUUAGCUUUACUAUUAUAUGCCCUAGGUUUUGGAUUAAAACUGCCAUCACCAGCAAGUUAAUAAUUAUUAAUUACACACUCAGGAAAACUGCUAGCCCCCAAUUAAUAUACUUAAUCUCUCUUUGGUUAGACUUACUUAUGCCACUCUUAUCUUCUUGGCCUUUUCAUUUAAGUGCAAGGAGUGGGGAUUUUUGCUGAAGAAGCUGUUUAGUUCCCAUCUCGGCACUGGUGAUUAUGGACACCUAGUUGUCGAUCACAGUGCUAUGCUUCUUCGGCACUUCUGCUCUUUCUAUAAGUACUCAGGGCAAGGAUUUGAGUCCUCCCACAAGCUACACCUUUGACCAUACGAACUAAAAUGAGCUGGUUUCUGAGCUUCAUCCUGCACCAUAUUUCCUUAGGAUUAAAAGAUACCGAAAACAUCAGAAUAAUAAAAAUGAAUUUUAAAAUAUUAACGGUUAACGGGACUUUAGAGAAACGCCCCCCCUGGCGUGACUUACUGGCGUAAAUAGGCCAGAAUUUAGUCAUGAUAUCUCAAAAUACACCUGUCAGCGUUCAAGUCAGAUUUCUUGGCCCACAUAGUGCUUCAGCUUCCUACCUUGAUGAUCAUGAUGUUCGACCUCUUCGUUUCCUUUCUUAUCCUAAAGAUCUCGCUCACAUUAUAUCUUCACACAGUUCAAGGAAACGGUAAGUUAAGGAAUUCCAUUGUUGAUACCUAAAAAGCUUUAAGGUUUUCCUAACUACACGAAGUAAGGUCUUUUUUAUUUAUCCAUAAGCAUCAUUCUUCAUGCAAAGGGAGAAUUUGACUUAGUAAAAGCAAACUGUGCUCUGUCUUCUGGUCGAAUUAAAAAUUAGAGUGUGCUAGUUUCUGCGCUUUACCCUCGAGGAUUUCGUCUUGUACAGAUGUUUUCUUCUUUAGCAGUUUUUUUUCUUCGUUGGAAAAUAAAUUUACUUAAAAAUCAUUGCGAUAAUUUGUUUCGUUCAGUUUUGAUUAACUUUCAUUUUUACUUUUGC